AUGUAUUGGUCUCGCCUCACCAUACUCUUCCCCUUCGCCCUCCAUGCCCUGCAUGUGGCCGCUGUCGCCGUCAACACUUCUCUCGUAGCUGAUUCCGAUAUUCCUGCCGGCUUCGAGUUGUGUAUUCAGGCCGAAAACUGCGAGCUUUACAAGCUCGAGGACGGGACCUGGUCCUUCCGCUUCGUCGAAGGCAAAGAGCCCGGCACCGAGUGGUAUAACACCUACGCCAACACGACGGGGGACAUUGGUCCCGAAAGAGAGGCUCAACAACUCACCGACGUCAGAGUUGACAAACGCCAGCCUUGUUCCAGCACUAAUGGCCAGACUUGCACCCAUAUCUGGGUUCGUCCACACAUGGAGAACUACGGGAACAUUCUUCCGCGUACUGCCAUUGACAGCCUGUGGUCUAAGUGCUACGACUUCGGCUGCAACGUUGGCGAUUAUGGAAUCGGUGUCCGUAAUGGCCACAACGGUGAUCUGUUCUCGUUCGAUCAAACUCUCAAGAUCUCCCCUGGAGGUGUAUACGACCCCGCCUUCCGUCAUGCCCUCAUUUUCGCCAUGACAGAAAUCGCCGGUCAGUUCCAGGAGAGCUUCAAGGUCAGCGGCGGGGUCAGCCGUCACGGAACUACCUGGCACUUAACCCUUUGGCGCGCCCCUCAUCGGAUGCAUGUUGCCCGCUUCCAUAACGGCUACUUGCAGGGAGAAAUCCACGCGUUCGUCUACCUGGAAGGGAGUGACACCUGGGGAUGUGAUCGUAUCAUGGGCAUCCUCGGCUCGACUAUCGGCGCACUACAUCCUGUGGUCGGCGCUACUCUCGGUGCCUUGUCCGCCGCCUGCGGUUAA